CAUACAUGGACUCGACACCUCAACUCUUCCAUCAUCAUACUCAUCACGCCACCGUUGGUUACUCUUAGAUAGGUGGUGGUCUAAAUUUCUUGUUAUAUAUUUUGGAUUGAUUAUAUCAAUCCUAAAAAAUCACAAUGACUCGCCUAAGCACGCUCCUGGUGAGCUGCCUCACCUUCCUCGUGGGCCUGGCCUUCGCCAAUCCCGCCGUCGUCGACCUCGACACCAAAAACUUCGACAGUAUCGUCCUGCAAUCCGGCAAACCCGCACUCGUCGAAUUCUUCGCCCCCUGGUGCGGCCACUGCAAGAACCUCGCCCCCGUCUACGAAGAACUCGGCCAGUCUUAUGCUUUCGCCUCCGACAAAGUCACCGUAGGCAAGGUCGAUGCGGACGAGCACCGUGAAUUGGGCCGUCGGUUCGGUAUCCAGGGAUUCCCUACGCUGAAAUGGUUUGAUGGCAAGAGUGACAAGCCCGAGGAUUAUAAGGGUGGCCGGGAUUUGGAGAGUUUGGGUGCUUGGAUUACGGAUAAGACUGGGGUGAAGCCGCGGGGGCCGAAGAAGGAGCCCUCGCAGGUUGUGAUGUUGACUGAUACCUCGUUUAAGGAGGUUAUUGGUGGUGAGAAGGAUGUGCUUGUUGCAUUUACCGCGCCGUGGUGUGGACACUGCAAGAGCCUCGCCCCAACCUGGGAAACCCUCGCCAACGACUUCAUCCUUGAGCCCAACGUCGUCGUCGCCAAGGUCGACGCCGAAGCCGAAAACGCCAAGUCCCUCGCCAGAGAACAGGGUAUCUCCGGCUACCCCACUAUCAAGUUCUUCCCCAAGGGCUCCAAGGAGCCCGAGGCCUAUCAGGGCGGUCGCUCCGAGCAAGCCCUCGUUGAUUUCCUGAACGAAAAGGCCGGCACUCACCGCACCGUCGGCGGUGGUCUUGACGAGAAGGCCGGUACUAUCUCCAAGGUUGACGCGUUUGUCGGCAAGUAUGUUGCCUCACGCAACUUUCAGGACCUUGUUGGCGAGAUUAAGAAGAGCGUGAAGGGCAUCCAGAGCAAGUACGCAGAGUACUAUGUUAAGGUUGCGGAGAAGCUUAGCCAGAACCAAGAAUAUGCUGAAAAGGAGUUUGCUCGGUUGAGCAAGAUUAUUCAGAAGGGUGGUUCUGCGCCUGAGAAGGUUGAUGAGCUUGUUUCGCGGAGCAACAUUCUGCGCCAGUUCUUGGGUGGUGGUAAGCGGGAUGAGAAGGAUGAGCUGUAGAUGUUCUUUCAGCUCUGGAUUCUACUUGUUCUUGCUUCUCUUGUGAUAUAUUGAUUAUGUUGGAAGAAGUAAAAAAAAAAAAGCUGAAUUGGUGUAUGCUCAUGAUAUGAAAUAUGACUAUGGAUAUGAUGCUUUUGAGCUUGUCCUCUAUGUAUCCCGAUCUAUAACAUCGUAGGGUAUCUUCACUAUAUGUUUGAAAUGGCCACGCCGGAAGUAGCAAAGAUGCAACCGCCUCUUAUCUCCCCUUUU